AUGUCAAUUGUAUCUUUCAAAGUUUCUGACGACAAUCCUGUCACCGAUGACACAGUCAAAACUCAAUUAGGGAAGCUCAAUGUGUCACUUUUGCCAGGAGAAGAAACUGAUUUCAAGUCUUUUUUAGCCGCUGCCCAUGAAACGGCCAAGUCCGUUGAAGCCAUGAGUGAUUUCAAACCGACGACAGACUUGAAGCGGUUUCCCAGGAAGAACAUAGAGGCAGUAAUGGCUAAGGACAAACUUGGGGCGUGGGUGUACAAGUUUGAGAUACAAGACACGACUGAAAAUGACGGACCUUUACGUGGAGUUUCCAUUUGUGUCAAAGAUUGUAUUGGAAUCGCUGAAAUCCCUCAGGUAAUGGGAACCGAUUGUUGGGAACCAUGGGUUCCUUCAGCGGAUGCCACUGUGGUGACAAGACUUCUCCAGGCAGGUGCCAAGAUCAUUGGAACGUCGAAUUGCGAACAGCUGUGUGCCUUUACUGGAAGCCAUACAUCAUGCCUAGGAAACGUACACAACCCAUAUAUGCACGGACAUUCCGCUGGCGGUAGUAGCUCCGGUUCUGCCGCUCUCGUAGCGGCCGGCGAAGCAGACAUGGCUUUAGGCGCGGACCAAGGGGGGAGUAUCCGGAUUCCUGCAGCAAUGUGUGGUUUAGUCGGCCUCAAACCGACUUUUGGAUUAGUUCCCUACACUGGAAUUACUAGUAAUGAGUACACACUGGACCACGUAGGACCGAUGACAAAAACGGUGGAAGAAAAUGCCAAGAUGCUUCAAGUUUUGGCAGGCGCUGACUGCUUUGAUGACCGCCAGGCUUCGGUUCCUAAGACGCUAAGCUAUGAUUUCAAGAAACCUCGCAAGCUUGUGGUUGGUGUCUUGAAGGAAGCGUUUCAAAAUCCGUUUUUGGAAGAGGCUAUGAAAGCUAAGAUACUGGAAGCUGUUAAUAAAUUCAAAGAGCUUGAUUACCAAGUUGUGGAGGUAUCUGUCCCUAUGCACGCGAAGGCUCCAGAAAUCUGGUCCGUUGUAGAAAGGGUGUCUGGCCUUCACAGUCGCAUGGGGCACGCAAGUGGAAGACGUUUGUAUUCUGAUCCUGAAUUUUUCAAACAUACACACUUGCUAGGUGAAAGGUUUUUCUCCAAGGCGCCGGUAAACGUUAGGAACAGUAUGAUCAAUGGCCUCUAUUUCGAACAACAUUUUCCCGGGCUUUUUGCAAAAGCGACAAAUCUAGUUCUCAAACUUCAGUCAGAAUAUGACAACGCGUUGUCCCAAGCGAAUAUUCUAAUAGCUCCAACAACUCCCUUUGUUGCACCACCACACGGACCUCGUGAGGGUUCUCCCAAGGAUAGGAUAAGCAGUACUUUUGGAAUAAACACCAAUAGCUGCCCCCUAAACUUAUCUGGAAACCCUGCUCUAAGCUUACCAAUUGGGUUUUUGCCUUCCCAUGAAGACUCUUCAUUUAAACUCCCAGUUGGAAUGCAAAUCAUCGGCAAGCAUUUCGACGAAGAGACUAUUUAUACCGCAGCUUUUGCUUGGGAGCAGCAUUGCGAUUGGCGCUCUGAGUAG